GAGCCUUCGCUAUCGGAAUUACGGUUGGUGCUGUCGUACUUCUUGAGCAAAGAAGACAGGAACCGAGAGUAAAGUGAUCCACGGCAACAGCGCUAGAUCCCAGAACUUGAAUUAACUUCUGGACGAUGUAUACUAUAUUUCGCUUCUCAGCCUCGUCUGUGAGAGGGUGGAACUUCGACCUUAAAAGGUUGAGUAGGAAAGAUGCUGAAAAGGCCACAAAUAGAAAGUACGACUCCAGUGCGUACCGAAGCCUUCCACUCGGAAAUAAACGUUCCGUCAUAAUCUGUAUAGCGGUGGAAGCGGAGUAUAGUGACUGUUGCACGACGUAGGAAUGGCGGGAAAUUCCUGAUUUAACUGCAUUCUGAAAGCCCAUGGACAAAACUACUAGCCUGAGAUAUGCGACAAUCAAAUGGAACGUGGCCGCUCUAUACUGGCAGAUAGGUUCAAGGCAAUUUGGGUCCUCAGCGAAUCUUCGGUUCCACGAUUCGAAGUCCUGGGAUAGC